AGCUCUCGGGCCUCGGUAUGGUGAUGCCGGUACCGGGGCACAUCCACCCGGCCGGCGUCAUCCUCGCUCGUCGUUAUAUGCAAAGUACCACUGCCCGUUUUUCUCUGGAUGCAACCAUCCCCUAUUAUCCUCCGCUCGUCUUUAUCUUCAUUUAUCAUUGCUCCUUCUUUUCUCCUAGAUGCAACCCUCCCCUGUUAUCCCCUGCAACUUUUCCGUCGUUGUGGCCUGAACGUCCGUUGCGCCCAUCUUCCAUUCUUUACCACCCCUACCACCACGUCGUCAGGAAGCAUGGAGAAGGCUCCGCCCCUACCGGCGGCUACACCAUCCACGUUCACCGGCGAUGGCACGAGGCCGCCCAAGAAGGUGGUGGUGUGCGGCGGCGGUGUGGUGGGCGUCUGCACUGCCUACUUCCUUGCCCAGAAGGGCGGAGCGACCACAUCCAUCACAGUCAUCGAGAAAUCAUCUGUUGCCUGCGCUGCCUCCGGCAAGGCCGGUGGAUUCCUGGCCCUCGACUGGUGCGACGGAUCACCUCUCUCGCAACUCGCGCGCACCAGCUUCCAGCUCCAUAGAGACCUCGCUCGGGAGCUCGAUGGCCACAUCAACUAUGGAUACCGUCCCGUGGACACCCUCUCUCUUUCCUUACAGGAACAAUCGAAGUUGAAGAGCGGAAGUAGCAGAGUUGGCCUCCCCCCUUGGGUCGACGGCCCCUUUUCUGGCGUACCCAAAACCAUAGGGACAACGGAGACCACAGCGCAGGUCCAUCCCCAACUGUUCACGCGAACCCUUCUGUCUAAGGCCGUUGAGGACCACGGGGUUCAGUUGGUGAUCGGAGCGGUGGAAAAUGUGGAGAUCCAAGACGGUCAGGUGCUGUCGGUCCUCGUUAAGAAGGGAGCGGCGGAAGGUGGUUCUCCGACCAUCAUCGAUGCUGACGCGGUGGUUCUCGCGUUGGGACCGUGGUCUGGUAAGCUUGGAGUCUUAUCUUCUCUGUUCAAGGUAAACGGAAUCAAGGCACACAGCAUCGUCCUGAGGCCGGAGAAGCCCGAGGAGAUCACCCCUCAUGCCCUCUUCUUGAGCUACACCACCACCCACGGAAAAUGCCUCGACCCGGAGGUCUACCCCCGGUCCACCGGCGAGGUUUACAUUUGCGGCAUGUCGGAGGAUGACGCCCCGGUGCCGGACGGGGCGGAGCAGGUGGAGCCGAAGGGGGAGUCGAUCGAGAUGCUCAAGAGGAUCGGCGAAACGGUGUCGAGCCGAUUGAGCGUCGGUUCGGCUACGGUGGAGGCGGAGCAAGCCUGCUUCUUGCCGUGCACGCCGGACGGCCAGCCAGUGAUCGGGCAGGUGCCGAACGUGAAGGGUUUGUACGUGGCGACGGGUCAUAGCUGCUGGGGCAUACUCAAUGGGCCGGCUACCGGAGCUGCGGUGGCGGAGCUCGUUUUGGACGGCCACUCGGCUAUCGUGGACCUCAAACCUUUUAGUCCGUCGAGGUUUCUCCGUGGCAGUGGCCGGCCUUGAAGUCUAUGGGUGCGGACACCGGCAAACAAGAACACUGAACAGGCCAUUCUGUAAAUGCCUUCAUUUGGGUGUUCAUGCGGCACAUUGGAAAUUGGGCAUUUCAGAAAAACCGUUGAUUUAUUUCUUGUAAAUCCACACUGCACAUGACAUGCGCCGUUUAUUUCAGUAAUCGCUUGCUUUUUUAUUUCUACAUAUGCAUAUCAACUGCAACUUCUCCUUUC